AUGGAGGCCAUCUCAGCGGUUCUCCCAGGCCUGGCGGCUUCUGCCACAGGUGACCCUGAUAGUGGUUUUCCAGGGGGGAUGUUUAUUGGCAGUAUGAUGGCCUCCGCCGGAAUCGAUCCGUCUGUGUUAGUUAAAAUCGGUGUGACGCUUACUAUAAUUGCAUCGGUUUUCGGUUUUCUAAGUAAUGCGUGGGAAGGAAUUACGCAGAUUUCAAAGUUCUUUUCGGACAAUUUGGUAUCGUCUGCUACGAUCCGGUCCACAGACGAAGCAUACGUUUAUGUUAUGCGGUGGCUUUAUAAUCAUAAAAUCUCUACAGAUUCGCGGCUUUUCGGUGUUACAUGCCGAAAAAACCAGAUGAAUCCUAAUUAUCGUCAACAUGCUAGAUGGUAUGGUCAAGAUCCUGUCGAUGAUACCGAAAGUGACGGUAUCGACCUUAUAGAUGAUGACCUUGGUCCCAAACUUAAAUAUACCGCCGCCCCAGGUUUCUAUCAUUUCUUCUACAAGAAGAGACUUGUGCUUAUGCAAAGAAAGCUCAAGGAUGACUAUUACGGUUUUGAAGAGCCCGAUGUCGACCUAACUUUGUUCACUUUUGGCCGUUCACCACUUACGCUUCGUACUAUUCUUGAGGAGGCAAGAACUGAGUAUCUCAUGGAGCAAAGAUCCAGCACAUUGAUUCACACUACUGUAGCAACUUAUCCGCCUACCUGGUCUUUGGGCCAUCCGAAGCCCUCUCGAACACUUGACUCAGUUAUUAUGGCAGAAUCUGAUAAAGAAAAACUGUUGAAGGAUAUGAAGGAGUAUCUUAAGCCUACAGCAAAGAGAUGGUACCACAAGCACGGCCUUCCGUAUAGAAGGGGCUAUCUAUUUUACGGUUUACCUGGAGCUGGAAAGACAUCCCUCACCUUAGCUUUAGCUAGCGAGCUUAGCCUUCCGAUUUAUUGCCUGUCUCUUGCAUCUAGCACUAUGGCAGACGAUGUCCUUUUGGGAUUAUUCGCCACUCUACCCAAAAAAUGUAUUAUCUUGCUGGAGGAUAUCGACAGCGCUGGUAUUGAUCGACAGUCCAUGAGUGGGGUUGGACUUUAUACUGCUAUGGCCAGCAAGAAUGAUGAGGACGAUGAGGACGAAGAAGAAGACGAAAUCAGGAAGCGCGAAGAGAAGAAAAAACUCGCGGCUUUGAAAUCAGGAAGCACAGUCAGUUUAUCCGGGUUGCUAAACGCUAUCGAUGGUAUUUCCAGCCACGAAGGUAGAAUUUUGAUCAUGACAACAAAUUACCGAGAACUUUUGGAUAAAGCUCUAAUCCGACCUGGGCGUGUUGAUAUGGAGAUCAAGUUUGGAAAUGCGGAUAUUGAAAUCCUAGAAGGACUUUUCAAGGCUGUUUAUUCGGAUGAUGGAGAUUUACAGGACUUUAUUCGCGGUGCAGAGAAGAUGACGAAAGAGGAACGCAAACAGAAACACAACGAGAAAAUCGAGAAAUUGGCCGUGGAAUUCGGCUUACGCGUUCCUUCUGAUAAAUUCACGCCAGCGGAGGUUCAAGGAUAUCUUUUGAGUCACAAAUCCGACCCUGAGGACGCUUUAGACUGUUUGGAUGAUUGGCUCAAAUCGAAACUCAGUGAACUUGAUCUUCUACAAGAGUCUGAGAAGAAAGCUAAGGAGAGGCUUCAGAGAGCUACUGAGAAGAAGAUUAAGGAGCUUCAGAAGAAGAAGCGUGAUAGAAUCAAGGAAGAAAGGAAGGAGAAGGAAGAGGAGGAGAAAGAGGAAAAGGAGAAAAAGGAAAAGGAGGAGAAAGAGAAGAAGGAGAAGGAGGAGAAGGAGAAAGAGGUUAAAACGGAAGACAAGAGCAAAAUGGUGAACGGUACCAGCGAAAAACUCACAAAUGGGGUUUCUGAAAAAGAAAAGAAGAGUGAACCGGAAGUGCAAGCUGCCGCUGACUCUAAAUCUUGA